CGCGGGCGGGCGGCGCGCGGGCGCAGGGCCUGGCUGGGCUAGUUGGCGUUCGCUCGCCUCGCCUCGCCUCGCCGUGCCGUGCCGAGCCGAGAUGCCUGGGGGAAGCAGCGGGAGCCACCCUGGACACGGGCGGGCCGCGAGCCGCAAGCCGUCGCGGAGGAUGGGGCGGGCCCGGCGCGGGCGCCACGAGUCGGGCCUGGGGGGAGACGGGGAGAGGGGGGUGGGCGAUGCGCGGCUGGAGGAGGCGGUGAACCGCUGGGUGCUAAAGUUCUACUUCCACGAGGCGCUGCGGGCCUUUCGCGGCGGCCGGUACGGGGACUUCAGGCAGAUCCGGGACAUCAUGCAGGCUCUGCUUGUGCGGCCCUUGGGAAAGGAGCACACCAUCUCCCGACUGCUGCGGAUUAUGCAGUGCCUGUCACGUAUAGAAGAGGGGGAAAAUUUGGACUGUUCCUUUGAUAUGGAGGCUGAACUCACACCUCUGGAAUCCGCUAUCAAUGUGCUGGAGACCAUUAAAACGGAGUUUACUCUCACAGAGGCAGUGGUAGAAUCCAGUAGAAAACUGGUCAAGGAGGCUGCUGUCAUCAUUUGUAUCAAAAACAAAGAAUUUGAAAAAGCUGCAAGAAUUUUGAAAAAACAUAUGUCCAAGGACCCUACAACUCAGAAAUUGAGAAAUGAUCUGCUGGGUAUUAUCCGAGAAAGGAAUAUUACACACCCAGUGAUUCAGAACUUUUCCUAUGAGACCUUCCAGCAGAAGAUGUUGCGAUUUCUAGAGAGCCAUAUGGAUGAUGCUGAGCCUUAUCUCCUCACGAUUGCAAAGAGGGCUUUGAAAUCGGAGUCAUCUUCAUCAUCUUCAUCAUCAUCAUCUUCUGCCUCUUCUGCCGCUUCCUUCGCUGCAGCCACUACCACUGUCACUACCGCCACAGCUAACACAUCUGCUAUGGCUGCCACGGCUCCGACUCCCACUGCCAGUACCACAGCUAAUGCUGUUGUUGCUACUGUGGGUGAAGGUCCCGAGAACAUAAAGGAAGACAAACCGACAGUCUUUGAGCCUGUGGAAAAGCCACUCAAGGAGCCCAUGAGACCAUUGCCUGAAGGUCCUUCCACAUUUGGGAUUUCGACUCUGAAAAGAGCUUUUAAGAGCCUUUCUGAUUCACAAGAUCCUGAAGCAGCUUUCACUAAAUUGGACCAGAAGGAUGUUACAGUUCCCAGUCCAGUGUCCCCUUCAGCAGCCCUCAAAAACAAGAGACAGAGACAAGAUGAAAGUUCUCCCUCGGAGUCUGCCGACAAUGCUGAACUGCAGCCCAAGAACAAGCGAAUGACAAUAAGCAGAUUGGUUCUGGAGCAUGACAGCCAAGGUAGUGAGCAGAGUGAUAGCCCAGACUCCUCCCAAGAGACCAUUGUGUCUUCAGCCUCCAACUCCACAGUCCUGAAGCUGCACAAUCAGCCCCUGUCUGGGGAGAAGAGUCACAAGCUCAAAGAGAACACAGAUAAUCUCUUCUUCCUGGCAGCCCUUCAAGUACUUGAGCACAUCCCAGGUCCACCUGUUCCUUGAAGUCUUUCGACCAAUGAAUGUAGGCCCACUUCCUUCAACCAGUGCUUAUGUGAUGGUCUCAAGGCCCUUCACCAACUUUGUUCCAUCUCUCUGGACACUCCUUAACCUGAAGAGAACAUGACUCCAGAUGAGUAACGUUCACCAUGGCAAGGAAUGCUGUGACUAUCACCUUUCCCUUUUUGGAAGUGAUAUCUUUCAAGGCAACUCAAGAUAGCAUUAACUUUUUUGGCCGAGGAAAUACCUCAGGGCUGACACUGAUUGAGCUUAGAGCCCACUAAAAUCCUCAGAUUUUUUUUUUUCAGGCUGCCUUCUAAUCGUACCUCCCUCAUUGAUGUGUAUUUUUUUUUUUUUUGUCAUCCAAGCACAAGACUGCAUUUAUCCUUACUGAAGUUUAUCUUUUAAAGAUUCAGCUCUAGCCCAUCUAGAAUUUUUGGAUUGUAUUUCUGCCAUCCAUUGUAUUAUUACUUCCAACAUGGUAUUAUAUCCAAAAUUAGUGAACAUAACCAUCUAUACUUUUUUCCACGUUACGAUAAAAAUAUUCUGAGUAAAGGGCCAAGCAUAGCCCUGGGGUACUUCACUGUAGACCUCCCAUGUUAACACUUGAACUGUUAACCACUGCUCUUUGAGUCUGGUUAUCUAACCAUUGCUGAAUUCAUCUAAUUAUGUUAUUGUCUAAUCCAUAAGACUAGAAUGAGUUAAAUGAUCAAAAAAGCUUUACAAAAAUCUAUAUUCAGCUAGAAGCACAGCAUUCCCCUCUUAGUAAUCCUGUGAAAGAAAGAGGUAAGGUUAACCUGGCAUGUGUGAUCUGUUCUUGAUGAAACCAUACAUCAAUUGAAUUAGUUCUUGAAUGAUCAAGAAAAGAAGUGAAAGAACCUCAUUUUAACAUGAGAAAUGACAUAAGCAAAUAAUUCAGCAGGAAUCGACAUGGUUUAUUUUAGUGAUGGUGAUUUGCCACUAUAAAUAUUAGGAGUAGCAGCUUAAACUAAAUUGCAUUAAAAUGAUAGGUCCUAGUCAAUAUAGCAGUGCUCAAAGGCUGAGUGGUCCACACCAUGUCUGAUUAAAAGUACCCUUUGCAAUAUAUCAAAGAAAUGGUCGUCCAGCAUUUGUGGAAUGCCUUGAGGAAGGGGGAGCCUAGGAUACCUAUGAUUGUCAUCAUACUUUCCUCUCUGCAACUUGCACUUGUUCCUAAUUUUUGCCUUUGGGAAUUAAUCAGAACAUGAUCCCCCUCCUCUCCAUGUGACAACCCUUCAAAGAUUUGGAGGCAUCAUUGUGUCAUCCCCCGAUGCUUCUCUUCUUUCCCAAAGCUAAAAAAAAUCACUUGACUCUUUCCAGUCUUCAAUAUAGCUUGAAUUUGAAGCCUGUCAACAUUCUGAUCACCUUUUGAUUCUUUAGUUUUCCUAAAAGAUGGUACCCGCAUUCUAGAUGUGGACUGUCCAGGGCAAACUUCCCUCUUCUGCUCAUUGCUUCUGAGUGCAGCAGUGAUAGCCUAUUAGUGUCUUGGCUGCUAGAUUAUGCCUUUUGACUCAUUGAGUUCACCGUCCAUUAAAAACAACCACUAUCUGAUGAAUUAACUUUCUAGUCUUUUUUCCCCCAAGUCUUGUUAAUUGAUGUAGAUGUUCACUUAUAAAGUGUAGUCACUUUAUAAGUGAACUCAAGUGUAACUCUGCUUUUAUCCCUAGUGAAUAGGGGCCCAUUCCAAGUCUGUGGGUAGAUGGAUACAAUUAGAAUCAGAUAUACUAUUAUCUAAUUUACCUUCACACAAAAAGUGCAUGAGAAACUAUCAAAGGCUUGGUGUGUUCUAGAUGCCUCAUUGUCUCUAGCUUCCUGUUCUUUGCUUUGACUGUGGCAUUCUCUUGAUUUGCCAAUCUAGUGACCUCUUCAAAAAAGCACAUGCUCCAUUUUUGGUGUAGCCAUGUCAGCUUGGGGUUACUGCUUUUUUACCCCAAGGUAUUCACCAAGCAACCCUCCAGUGUUAAAUUUCUGAAGUUUAUCAGGAAAUUAAGUCACUGGCCUAUCACUUGUAGACUCUACUUCCCUGUUCUGAAAUGUGGGACAUGACCAUGUAGUCCUGCAGCAAAGACCACAGACUGACUUGACAAUCACAUCUACUUAAUUUCUGGAAAAACCUUUUUGAAAACUGGGGAAACAUGUUUUUGAAAUUCUGUGCUUUUUGAGGCCAACAAUCUCAAAGUAUGGUUUUUGAGGGUUUAAGCCAUAUUUUGAUGGAUGGGUAGCAUUGGACUAUGCAAGAUGAAAGACAACCUAGUCAGGGUGUGAACAGUAGGAGCAAAAAUUCCUAGUAACUUCGGAUAAAGUAGCAACAUUUCCACAUCUCAGUGAAGUUUUGUUAGAGGCCGUUCCUAUCUAUAUAACUUCCUUAGAUUAUUUCCAUGUUUGGUUUGUGAAAAGCAUCAGAUUUUUUUUAAAGACAAAAGUUUGCUCUUUUUGUUUGCUGUUUU